CACAUAAUAUCUAGUUUACAGGUUUCAUUUUUAUAACACUAUAAAUAGUUAAAUUGUAUUCAAAAAAGGCCCCCUAGCGGUGUGGUGAGCUCGUGUCAUGUGCCUCGCGCACGCAUGCAGUCUGCAGCCGAUUCAGGCGAGCGUUUCACUUCGUCUUUAAAUGACGACCACGAACAACGCGGAAAUAAGUCACUUCUUUUUACUGCUGUCUGAUAGCGUAAACGGAGAAGAGCAUUUAUGCUCAUUGUGUUUAAAUGGAGGAUGAGCAAAGAUUAUUCCUAUCCAGCUGUUCGGACUGGAUGUCGGAGCUUCCCUCGCCUCUCUGGGACAUUCCGAUUUGGAGUCUCGCUAUACCCGGAAGUCAUGACACUAUGACAUAUUGUUUGGAUAAGCAGUCCACUGUGCUGGAGUCUGAACCGAAAGUGUUGCGAAUGUUGGAUAAAUUAUUGCCCUGUGUGGUUCGUCCUUGUAUAAUGAAAUGGGCAACAACCCAGGAGGACAUUAUUUCUAACCAGCUGGAUUCAGGCAUUCGGUUUCUUGAUCUCAGAAUAGCUCAUAAAACGAAAGAUCCUGAUAAGGUUUUCUACUUCGCUCAUGGGAUCUACUCUCUCUUGACAGUAAAGGAAGCGCUGACAGAAAUUGCUCACUGGUUAGACCGGCACACAAAGGAAGUGGUCAUCAUUGCAUUUUCGGCGUUUGAUGGUAUGAACCAGGAUCAACACAAAGACUUAAUUCAGUUUCUUUCUGCAACGUUCGACAAUAAAAUAUGCCCCAAUUCCGUCACACCGUCACUAUGCGAGUGUUGGAAUAAAAAAUAUCAAGUUAUUCUCUCAUACGAUGACUCGGCUGCAUCUGGUCAUGAGGAGCUCUGGUCAAAAUUUGACUAUUGGUGGGCAGACUCAUCAGAUCCAAACCGUGUCAUAUCCUACCUGGAGGAACGGAAGCAGGAAGGAAGACCAGAUGUUUUUUUUGCCGCUGGUCUAAACCUAACAGAGGAUGCCGGGUAUAUUCUGUCCCAUCCGUGGCAGUCAUUAAAAAGAAUGACCCUCGGUUCCUACAGUCCGCUUUUGGAUUGGGUCAAACAGCAGAGCCCGGGCUCAGGCAGAACUUGCAUAAAUAUCAUCUGUGCAGAUUUUGUGAACGCGUUCAGUAAUGAAUUCACUCAGAUGGUUAUCAGACUCAAUGAAGGCUUGACCAGUAGAUCUUAAUUGUGGAUGAUCUCUGAGGUGGCUGUGAUUUAUAUACGUAGCAUGUUUUAUAGUCUUAUAGACUACUGCGUACUGUUAUCGUACAUUCCAAAAGGGCUGUUUUUAGAAAUGGCUUUACUACUGUGAUAAAUCUUUUAAUUUUUUAGAAUGUAAAUGACUAAUAUUUUCAGUGUUUUACAGAUAAAUAUAUAUAUUUUUACUAUUACUCUGCACUUCCUACACUGUGAAUACAGUAGUACACGUUUACGUUCCUAAACUGGAAAAUUGUUUAUGCAAUGCUGCCAUCUAGUGGCGCUUAUUGUAGGCGUUAUUUUAUUUAAUGACUUCUUGUUAGAGCCUAAAAUAUUUUAAUUGUACCUCAAAGGUUACAAAUGAUCAAAAAGCUAAAAGUAUUUUUUAAUUUUUCUUAAAUAUUUUCACAAUAUAGCCUAAUUGUGUGACAUAAGCUGGAAAAACCAGCAAGACCAGCAUAUGUUGUGUUUUGGUGCUGGUUUGCUGGUGACCACCAGCAUAAUUCCCAUGCUGGUUUGUUGCUGGUUUAGCUGGUGGUCACCAGCACCAAACCAGUAUGGGAAUUAUGCUGGUCUAUGCUGUUUUUUUCAGCAGGUAUAUGAAAAGCUCUUGAAAUGUCUGAUAUGUUUUUUGUAAAUUAGCAUUUUUAUUUGACAUAUAUUGGAUUUUGCCAACAAACUGGUAUUCCUGAAUGGCAUGAAGGCCAGAAUUAUGCGGAAUGUGGUUGUGUCAAUGUGUGAGGUAAAUAAAGGAAAUGACUUUUCCUUGUA